AUGAUUGCCUUUGGACCUGAUAACGAAAAUUCUUUUCAUACACUCUACGAACGAGUUUCAAGCCUAAGUUUAAUUAAAGAAAACAAGGAUAGUACAACAAAAUUCUUUCAACUCCUUGCUAAUUUCAAAUCAAGUUUUCAAUUCAAGUUUCCAGAAAAAUCAUCAGAUGCCAGAAACAAAAUUCAAACUAAUAAUGUAGAUAUUAAAGGAGUGCCUUCAACAUUACCGGAUUCACUUAAGGAAUUGGUUCUCCAAGUGUCCGAUGCUCUUAAUCUUAACGAGUUGGUUGCUCUCAGCUUGAUUUUUACAGCAACAAAAAGUAAUCCACCACAAGUUUAUGGAGUACAUGAAUAUCAAUUAUCUAUCAAACUUUUUUACGAGGACUAUUUAAAAUUGUUAUCAUCAGUAUUGAUUUUAUUCCAAUCUAGAUUUAAUGAAGAUUUACAUCCUAAUACCAGAGAUGUUGUUGUUAAAUUUACUAAUGAAUUGUUGAGUGAUAAUAUUAUUUCAUCAAUUUGUGAACAAAUAACAUCCACAUCAAAACAAAUUAACGAAGCUCAAAAUUUAAUUACUACAUUGGAACAACAAGGUAAUCAAGAUUCCGUAAAAGUAUAUCAAUCAAGUGAACAAAUCAAGUACAAAGUCGAAAUAAGAAGAGGCUUUGCUGAAUGUUUGUUCUUUGCUUGUUCAAAUAUACAAUGUGAUGACGAUACAUUCUUCAAAGUAUUUAACACAUUCAUUGGAUUACAAAAUUUGUUUAAUCAAUGUGUAGCUAACAGAAUUGGAGAAAGACAAGAGGAGUUCUCAUAUAGCUUCCCAUCUAUUUUUGAAUAUCUUCCAAUAGGUACAAAGAGUAUCUUUAGCAUAUUGUACUUAUUAACAACAACAAUUCUUUCUUUAUUGGAUCCAACAAUCGGAAAGAUUAGAAUUGAUCCUAAGGGUGUUACACAAAGUCCAAACAACAGCUUAUACAAACAACAAUUCAUAGAGAAAUUCGACAAAAUUUUGGACAAUUUAAUGCCUGAUGAUCAUGAUGAUUUGAGCUAUUUAAUAGAUAGAACUCAAUUUGAAGCCAUGACUGCUUUACAGUGGUGUGUUGGUUUAAGAGUUCAAAAUAAUAUCAAACCAAAUCUUGAAUUAUUAACAAGAAGUGAUAAUGCUUUCUCUAAGAGUUUAUCGCGAGGAGUUUUUGCAUUCAUCACAACUGGACUUUUGAAUAACAAGGUUUACAGAAGUGAAAGUGAAAAUGUCAAAGAAUUUAUUGUCAACAUACUAGGUGACUUGAUAUCCAGUUUUAUUGUAAAUUUGGAAGAUAGUAUUAAUGAUUCAUUGGUUGAUCAAAUUGAAGAAUUGAGAAGUUAUUUAACAAGAAGAGAUGACAAUCAAGCAUCUGAAGAAGAUGAGCAAAAUAUUCCAAGAGAAUUUAAUGAUAUUUUACUGUUAUUGGCUGAAUUAUAUCGUGGAUUCCCAAGUUAUACUCACAAAUACUUUGAUAGAGAUGCUAAUCCAAAAUUGAACGAUUUUUUGAGAAAGACAUGCUGUGAACAAAUUACUUCCCUUUGCAAAUUUCAAGUAGAACUUGACGUAACAUUCAUUUAUUAUUUGGGAGUACUUUGUUCAUUCAGUGGAGAUUCUGUGGGAGCAACGAAUGUUUUUGCUCUUUUGAAUGACUCUACUUAUCCACUUUUUAGCUGGGAAUAUUUCUUUAAAGUAUUACUUGAAGAAUUCCGUUCACAAUGUUCAAGUAAUGAUGAUUUUGUUUUUGAGAAGAGAACUCUUGAUGCAAUUUCGAUUGUUCUUAAGCUUGUAGAAGUUGUAUGUAGAAACUCUGAACAGAGCAGAGUUGCAAUUUUGGACAAUACAAACUGGCGUGUGUUAGGUUUGCUUUUUGAAAUGAUGUAUGCACCAAAAAUUACACCAUGUUUGAUGGGUCAAGUUUUCUCCACCUUGUCAUCAUUCUUGAAACCAUCCCAAGGUGAACCAAGCAACAUUGCUUUUGCUAUUAUUUCACAAAUGGGUAGAAUUCUCCAUUAUGAAAUUAGAGAUCAAAAAUACGAAGUCUCAAGCAAGGGAGGUAUUAAGUAUCAAUUGAAUUUUAGAGAAGCUCAAGAAGGAGAAUACUAUGAAACUUUAGGAUUCUUAGAACUUAUUGACGCUCUUAUUUCUAGCACUGGAAUGGCUAUUGUUGGGUUCACACCCUUCCUCAAGUUUAUCCAAGAAGAUGUUUUUAAUAAUUUCUCAAAAAGAUAUUAUAAGGACCAAAGUGAUAAGUGGCUGAUUGCAAAGUCUUGUCUACAAAUAUUUACAAAACUUCUUUCCAGAUACACCCCAUCUACUUCUGAUUUUGAGGAAGUUAAAUCAUCCGAAGACGAAACACCAAAAGUCAAUGACCCUCCAGCUGGAUUCCAACUUAUGAGAGAUAUGCUUAGUGAUACUAUUUUCAGAAAAGAAUUAUUUAAAAUUGUUAUAGGAGAAGAUUUUAAUCUUGAAGAAGAAAGAUAUAACAAUAGAGAAGGAGAAGCUUUGGAAAGAUCAGUUAUUUAUGCUUUGGAAAUCAUUGAAACUACCUUACUCAAAGAAGAUGAUUUCAUUAAAUGUUCUACAAGCAAGCUUCAUUUGGUUCCAUUAGUGAUCAAACGUUUAGAGUACCAAUUACCUAAUUCAUUAAUAAUUAGAUUGAUUGAUCUUAUUGAUUAUUCACAUAACAAUGAAAUCAGAUAUAGAGUUGUUAAUAUCCUUUGUUUGAUUAGCAAGAAUGCUACUAAGUUGGUAAGCUUGUUCAAGGACAAGCGUAAGGAAAAGACCGUGGUUAAGCUUUUCGUCAAGUAUCUCCAUGCUGUAACAACUGAAACAAACAGAGAAUGCUCUGAUGUUGAAGAAAUUCCUGUAACAGAAGAGCAAAGAGAUAAUGAAACUAGAUUAAGAAUGUUAGACCUUUUGAAGGCUAAUCUUGAUGCUCCUGGAGAAAACUUGAGCCAUUUAUUAUGUGGAUUUGAUGUUUCUAAUGACGAACCAAGAGAAAUCGACAUUUUCAAUGAAAAGACUUGUCUCACAGUAAUUCUUAACUUGUUGAAAUCUAAACAAUUACCAAUUACUCAUCCAAGAUUUAUUGAAUCAUGUUAUGAACUUAUUUACAAGUUGUGUGCUGAUAGAAGAGUUAGUCAACAAACAUUUGCUUGCCUUGAAAAGGCCAACUUUUUGAUUGAUAAGUUGAAGAAUGCUAACUUCUCCACAAAGAUUGAACCGUCACCUCUUGCCCAUCAUAUUCUCAACCAAAGAGGUUUUGUUAUUAGAAUUGUUGCUCUCAAAUUAUACUCUAACACAAAGGCAUUCAAGAAGGGUGAUAGUAACAGAGGAGGUGUUCAAGAAUUGGUACACAUUCUUUUUGGUGGUGACUCACUUUCUGAUUUCAGUCGUUCUUACGAUUUACUUGAGCAAAGAAGAGCCCUCAUGCUCGAAAUUUUGGACACUAUCGACUUGAACUUGGCUCAAAAUGCUCCUGCACAAGAUUCAAAGGAGUGGAAACUUUUCUUGAAGAAUUGGGCAUCAACUUCUAACUCAUUCGAUGGAUGGAAACAAGUAGUAGAAAUUACUUUGUCCCAAUGUUUUGGUAUGAUUCCGGAUGAUGGAAUGAGACUGAGAAUAUUGCACGAUAUUAUUAGUUCAUUGCUUUUCAAACUUUUCCAAAUGAAGAGAAUUAACAAAGGUAAACAACAACAAAAAUUGGAACUUUUGGUUUCUCAAGUAAUUUUGAGAGUCAUGUCCAAGUUAAGAGAGGAAUUCAUUACUAGUGGUGAAGUCAUCAUGCUUCCAGUUGAUCAAUGCCUCACAAUUUUCAGAAAUUUACUUGAAUGCAUUUUACUUUCUGAACAAAGUGAACAAUCCAUAAGAGGUAAUCUUUACUCUACACUUAUCAACUAUUUGCAAUACACCAAGAGAAACGAGCUUAACUAUGGAAGUGAUCAAAUAAUGAAUCUUCAAAAGAAUACUGAACACAUUAUUGACAAGUAUGACUUGAGAGUUUUCGCCCUUGUAGCUAAGGAUGCAUUGGAUGCUAAGAACAUUUGGAAGGCUGUUUCUUACUCCCUUUUGGAAACUUUCUUCACAUACACCACUAACAUUGCCCAAAGAGGUAAAUGGAUCACUUACUUUGAGUCAAGUGGAUGUUUGAAACAAAUUUUGGAUAGUGUUAUGACAGAAGCCAAACAUUCCUUGCCUAAGGUGUUACAACCAACCCUUCACGAUACUGAUGCCUCUUCUUUAAACAGACUUUUCAUUUAUGAAAAUGCUAUGUCAUUCCUUCUCAAGUUUACUGAUGUUGAUGUUAAGAGUGCUGAAAUUAUGAUGAGCUUUGAAGUUAUUACCAAGAUUUGCUCGCAUUUCACCUUUAUCGAUUUGAGACCUUCAAUUGUUUCUCAUCAAUAUGGCAGAAAGAUGGAUAUGGAAGAUGAUAUGGAAGCUGACUGGGAGCCUUCUAUCACUGAAAAAUAUAAUCAACUUGUUAUUCCUGCAAUUAAGCUCAUUGUCGCCAUUCAAUCACAUAUGAGAAUUAAUAAGAAGGUUGCUGAACAAGUCUUGUCAUUUGUUGAGCUACACAGAAAGUCAAUUUCUGCAAUUCUUAAGAUGGAAAAUAUUCAAAAGAAUUUGAUUAAUAUUGAUUCGGGUUCUUUGGAAUUGGUUCGUUUGGUUACAGAGAUGAUGUAUCUUUUGUCUCUUCAUCAAGACGUUAUGUCUUCUAAAUUACAUACUAAUAAGUAUGAAAAGUUAAUGUUGAACGCGUUGGUUAAACUGAAUACUAUUCAACAAUUGGGAUCUACGAAGAAGACUAUCAAUAUUCUUGAUGCCAACAUGGCUGAUGAAAAUGGUAUCAGAACUGGAGAGCUGCAAUUCGAGUAUAGUUUGGAACAAAAGAGAUGUUGUAUUGACGAAAUUUUAUGUCAAUACCCAGAAUUCUUAACUAGUGGAUCAAGUUUGGAACUGAUAGGAAAAGUUCUAUUUACCCAUUUUAUUUCUGGACCAAAUUCAGCUUCAGGUAAACAAAUGGCCUUGGAUGAAGAUAUUAUUCCAAAGCCAUUCGAGCUUGACCAAAGACCAUCUAUUCAUGUACUUGGUUUGUUGUUGCAAAAUGGAUACCAUAGAUUGAACAAUGCUCUCGAGGAAAGAUUUACUUGUGAAUCCAACUUGCAACAAUUGGAUCAAUUGAAGAUUGAACAAUUGAAUAAUAUUGUUCGUUCAGCAAACACAAUUUUAGGAGAAGAACAUUUCUUAAGCUUCUUUGAAAAACAAGACAGUGUUCCAAAUGAAGCCAAGUUGCUUUGCCGAACAAUUCUUUCCAGAAAAUUACUUAAACUUGAUAUCCACCUCAACACUCACAUCAGUUUGUUAGAAAAUACUUUGAUUGUUUUAUUCAGACACAUCAGUUUCUAUGUACAAAAUAGAGAAUCUCCAUUAUCUGCUGAGCAAAGAACACAACUCUUACAAGAAGCAACAACUGGAACACUCAACAAGUUGUUGGAUGAAAUUCUCCAAAUGCAAAUUCCAAAAUCUUUACUUCAAAGAUAUUCCACAGUUGACAAUAUUUUCCAUUUGACUAUUGCUCAACGUCUUAAAAACCUAAUUUUCCAAGUAUUUGGUAGUUACCAUUGCCAACUUUUAGUUUUGUUGGCUUUUUGCAUGUGUUUUGUGCAAUCAACAAAUAUUUAUCAAUCAUCUUCAUCAAAUUCCUCUAUUUAUUAUAAUAAUUUGGCCACCUAUAGUGUUCAAACAAUUAUUGGAUAUCCGAGGCCAUUGCAAAAUUACUUUCCGAGUGGUUUGCCAGCCACUUACUAUUGGGGAUUAUCAAUACAGGCAAUUGUAUUGCCACGAAAUGGUGAUGGAAGUUUACAUGGUGAUGAAAUUAUUUACAUCUCCUCCAUGGAAAUAAUUUACAAAUAUUCAAAACAAGAUGGACUAUUGAGAAAGUUAUCAUUUAGUGGUGAGAAAUGGUAUGAUAUUUCAUCAUUCUUUGUUUUGAAAACUCAGGAAGGAGGAACUUUAAUAUAUGUUACUUCCAAUAGACUCGAGUCGACUGUUUAUUCGGCAAGUGAAGAAAGUGGAACUGUUCAGAGGAUUGCAGGUUCUUUGAGUUCAUCGGGAUAUAAUGGUGAUGGAAAACCAGCUAUCGAUUCCUUACUGAGCCAACCUCAAUCUGUAUUUGUUAAGGAUGGUGAGGUUUAUAUUUGUGAUACAAAUAAUCAUCUGAUUCGACGUAUUGAUAGGAAUGGAAUUUUAUGGAAUGUUUUUCAAAAAGGGUUUGUAAGGGAACCACAACAACUAAUUUUUGCAGGGAAUGAUAUGGUAGUAAACACAGGCAAUUUGAUUCUUAGAAUAUUUCCCAAUCAAACAUAUGAAACUCAUUAUGCUUUCUAUUCAUUUUCUAAAGCUGCUGUUUUUGAAAAUGAUAUCUACUAUAUCAAUUAUGGUAGUAUCCAGAAGGCAAUUGGUUCAUAUUCCUCUGAGACUGUGUUAGUGUUUGAAAAAUCUGCCAAAAUUCCUAGAAUUCUAACAAUCAACAAUGAGGGAAAUUAUUUAGUUUCAGUUGGAAACGUUUUAAAAGAAUUUCAGAGAUAUAAUGAUAGUAUUGGAAGAGUUGUGAUUGGAACAUCGGAUUCUAAUCUUCAAUACUAUACAUUACCAGCAAAUAUCUCAGAUAUUCAAAACGUUGAAUCGAUGACACUUUGUGAAGAGGACAAUUCCAUUAUUUUCACUCAACAUUCGUCUUCUGUUAUAAGACAUUAUGUUCCAAACAAACCAUUCAUGGAUGUUGUUGGAAUGAAUGUGGAUAAGAUAUCUUUUAUUUCAAAGUAUGGGAAUGAUAUGUAUGCAAUUGUGAAUAAUAAUAUUUACUUGAGGAAUAACCAAGGAAAUUUCACUCAAUUAUCAGGAUUGCUAUCACCAGUCAAUGUACCUGAUAAUAUUAAGGCAACAUUAUCAACCUUAAACAAUCCUAGAGGAAUAUUUCUUAAAAACCAAAAACUGUACAUUUCUGAUUCGAAUAAUCAUAGAAUACGAGUAAUUGAUAUACAAACUGGACUUAUUUCUACAUUGGCAGGAAAUGGAAUUGCAAAUUUUAGUGGUGAUGGGCUAGCCGCAACAGAAGCAUCCCUAAACUCUCCAUCUGGUGUAUUUGUUUCAGAGUUUGGAAAAAUUUAUAUAUCUGACUCUGGUAAUCAUAGAAUUAGAGCUAUUCUUCCAAAUGGCAUUAUUUCAACUGUUGGAGGUAAUGGUAUUCCUGGAUUUUCGGGUGAUAAUGGUUUGGCUACUAAUGCAAGUCUUAACAACCCCUAUGGCAUAGUUGAAACAUAUAGUGGUGACUUGAUUAUUUCUGAUUCUGAUAACAAUAGAAUUAGACUAAUCGAUAGAUAUGGAAUUAUCACAACUCUAGCUGGAACAGGAGAGAAAGGAUUCCAGGAUGGAUUCUUUCUCGACGCGUUAUUUAACAAUCCAUCUCAAUUAUUUUACUUCCAUUCCCGCUUGUACAUUUCAGAUACAUAUGGCCAAAGGAUUCGUGAAGCAAAUCUUGAAUCAAAAACCGUAAAAACAAUUAUUGGAACAGGAGAGAAGGGAUACAAUGGAGAUAAUUUCCCAACCACCACUCAGCUCAAUAACCCUCUAUCAAUGUUUAUUACAUAUAAUAAUAUUAUUUACAUUGCAGAUACUGACAACAAGAAAAUAAGAAUGUUGAAUACGGGUAUUGUAUCAACACUAGAGCUUACUUUUGAAUCUCCAAAGGGAAUAACUGGAGAUGAUAAAUUUCUCUAUAUCACCGAUGGGAAUUUAGUUAAGAAAAUUGAUAUUGCCAAUGGUUAUAGAGUUGAAAUUAUUGGAGGUGGAAUUGGUGAUGGUUGGUACUUGAAGUAUGCAAUUCUUAAUGCUGAAAACCUUGCUUUUGAUGAUGAGAAGAAUGUUUAUUUUACAGAUUCUUCUCAUAAUGUUGUAAGAAAGUUCAAUACAAUGAAUGGAAUAGUGAGUACAGUAGCAGGAAGGACUAGUACAUUGGGAUAUGAAGGUGAUGGUGGAUUGGCUGUUGGGGCUCUCUUAAAUUUUCCAAAAGGUAUUGCAGUUUCCAAGUCGAGUUUAGGAUUCUUUCUCUAUAUUUGUGACUUUGAAAAUCAACGCAUUCGAAGAGUUAAUUUGGAAACUGGAAUAAUAACAACAGUAGUAGGUACAGGUCAAAAAGGAUAUAGUGGUGAUGGAGGGUUAGCAAUUUAUGCCAAGAUUACUAAUCCAACACAUAUAGCUGUCAACAAGGAAGGAGAAGUUUUCUUCUCAGAUUACAAUUAUGUAAGGAAAAUAACAAGAAAUGGAUAUGUUUAUAGAAUAUCUGGUGCUCAAGGAGGAACUGAUUUUAAUGGAGAUUCAUAUCCUGCUUUGGAAACAGGUUUCAGUAUUACAAAAACUUUAAUGGUAGAUAAUACUGGAAGUAUUGUUGUUUUCGAUUAUAACAAUCAAAUUAUUAGAAAGUUAAUUCCUCACUGUGAAACUGGCUAUAGUUUGGAACCUGAAACUAAUUCUACAUGCAUUCCAAAUUGUUUUGGAAUUUAUGGAAAAACAAUUAAUGCUUGUUCUUCACAUGGAUUUUGUAAAAGUUUAGAUCAAUGUGAAUGUUAUUCUGGUUAUUCUGGAUCAAAUUGCUCAGAAUCAAUAUGCUUUGGUAAGACGGGAUCUGGAGCAUGUAAUGGCAAAGGAAUUUGUGUUUCACCAAAUGUUUGUCAGUGCUUGGAUGAUUAUUCAGGUAUUGAUUGUUCGAUACCUAAAACAGUUUUAAUUUUAGUUGGAAGUUUGAUUGCUUGUGGCUUGGUUAUUGUAAUAGUUUUUGUAAUUUCUGUUUCAAUGGUCUUUGUCUAUAUUCAAAAUCAAAGAAAGAAGAGAGCAAUCCUCAUGACUGACAAAUUAUUAGACAAGAGAUUGCUUAUGGAUGAUUUUGCAUCCUAUAAUUCUUCAAUGGGGAUCAGUAAUAGUGAACUCAAUGAAGCAGAUUUUGUUAUUCCACUGGAACAGUUGGAUAUGGAUCAUCCAAUCAAGAGGAUUGGUGAAGGUUCUUUUGGAAGAGUAUUUUCUACAAAAUGGGGAAACCAAUUAGUUGCCGUUAAGGUUGUGGACAUGAAUGAUUUUGACAUGUCGGAGGAAACUUUCAAACAAGAAUUUCAAAUCUUGUCACGUUUAAGACAUCCAAAAAUUGUCUCCUUCUAUGGCAUUUCAUUUUCUCCAACGAAGAGAUAUAUUGUUAUGGAGCUUUGUGAACACAGCUUGGAACAUGUCAUUAGUCAAUUGCAGAAUCAAGUUAUUCAAAUGGAUUUACAGGAAAAGAUUGAUAUUCUAAUAGAUAUUAUUGAGGGAGUGAAUUAUUUACAUACCUUGACUCCAAAAUGCCUUCAUAGAGAUUUGAAACCCCUCAAUAUUCUUGUGAGCUUUCAGAAAGAAUACAAAUUAUGCGAUUUUGGUGUUGGAAAGAUUUUAAACUCAAAAACUGUCAAUUCUUUGACCAACAAUGUGGGGACGUGUUACUAUAUGGCUCCAGAAACUACAGGAUGUGAAAGUUUACAAGAAUCUGAAUCAGUUUGUGCUACUUCAAUAGAUAUUUACAGUCUGGCCAUUAUUUUCUACCAAUUAUUAUUUGAAGUGAAAGAGCCCUAUAUUUCAUGUCAUGAUAGAGUUUUGAAAAAGUUGAAAAUGAAUGAACCACUACAAUUGACUAACAUGUACCAUUUGCAUAGAUUAGUGAUUGAGAAAAACCUCAGACCUAUCAUUCCAUUUUCUUCUGCAAAGGAAUGUCAACAAUGGUGUCAGGAAUAUCUAUCACCAACAGAUGCCAAAUAUCAUAGCAUUUUCUAUGAGAUUUGUCAAUUAACUAAACUAUGUUGGGAUAAACAACCAAAAACGAGACCAAGUGCAAAAACUAUUUUAGAACGACUCCAUGGUUGGAAGAAAGAAAUUGAAACAAAGUAUUACUAA